UUGGUGGGUUAGUAGUGUUGUGACUGUGUUUGUUGCAGGAUGGAAGGAAGGAAGGAAAGAAGGUUUGGCUAGUGGCUGGAGAGGGACGGAGGCAAGAGGUUGUUCUCCUCAGCAGAGCAGGAGCACGACCAUGGGAGAUAUGAAGACGCCAGACUUCGAUGACCUGCUGGCGGCCUUCGACAUCCCCGACAUGGUGGAUCCCAAAGCCGCUAUUGAAUCUGGGCACCACGACGACCAUGAAGGACAGCUCAAGCAAGCCAGUGGUGGGGUGACCACCAGUGAAGACGAGGCCCACAACCCCUCAACAGGACAUGACGUUGGCGUUAGUGUCAUUGUCAAGAACAUCCGAAACACAGACACUAGUGAACAUGGUGGAACCAUAUCUGAAAGGGAUGGACAUUCUCACUCCCAUCAUCAACCCCAUUCUGUUGGUGCUUGCAAUGGACUUCAUAAUGGCUUCUUGCCCAGCAUACCACAUGGUACGCAUUUCACCAAGAAUGGUUGGAAGGUUCCCAGGGAGGAAGGUCAGCUGGCUAACAACCAAUCAUCUACCUUCAGCCAGUUCAGCCCCAUCUCCAGUGCUGAAGAGUUUGAUGAUGAUGAUAAAAUUGAGGUAGAUGACCCCAUGGACAAUCAGGUUGGUCAGCCAUCCCUAAGGUCCACUACUAAGAAAGAGGACCAGAAUCCCAAAUCUCCAGUCUUAGUGGACAAUGUGUCUAAGCCUAGAGCAAGCAUAGACCAAAAACCUGAUCAAAACAAUAACAAUAACAACAACAAUGGCACACUGGGAGGUUCCAAGUCUAAAGACUCCCCUCAGUCAAGAUCACCCAAGGAGGAACUCAAAGAAACUGUCUUCAAGUCUCAAGGCCAGGAGUCCAAGAAGGCUGAAGAGUCAUCAGGGCUUGUUGAUGUGUCCAGUGUACCACAGGUCAAAGCCAAGUCCUCUGCAAAACUUUCUUCUUGUAUAGCAGCCAUAGCAGCACUAAGUGCCAAAAAAGCUAGUGCUACAGACUUGGGUAUUUUGGAUUGUCCCACAACACAUAAAGAAACUAUCAAGGCCAAUGAAAAUCCCAGAGCUCCAGAGAAGCCACAGGAGCACGAGUCAGCCCUUGAGUUUGCAAAGAGGCUGCUGACAAGACCACAGGACAGCCCCUCUAGUGUCACCAGUGAAGGUAGCGGCAAAGGUUCCCCUGCCUCAAGUACAGACACAACCCCGGUCAUUCCAAAGGUCAGGAUCAAAACAAUCAAGACCUCAUCCGGGCAGAUUAAGCGUACUGUCACCCGUGUUCUCCCAGAGUUUGAUCCUGAAGGUUUAAAAAAGGGAGAGAAUAGCCCAUCUCUCAUGGCAACCACCAGUGCAAUUUUCUCAUCUCCCACAAGGUCCUCUUUACCUACCACAGUAGUAGCCACCACUGGAGGACCUUCAAUUGAAAUAACCAAGCAAAUGACUAUUAAGCCGGUAGCGACAGCUUUCCUGCCAGUCUCCGCCGUUAAGACAGCUGGUUCGCAAGUUAUCAACCUUAAGCUGGCGAAUAACACCACAGUCAAAGCAACAGUUAUCCCUGCUGCAUCAGUGCAAAGUGCCAGCAGUGCCAUCUUGAAAGCUGCUAAUGCCAUCCAGCAACAGACUGUCAUGGUACCUGCCUCCAGUCUGGCCAAUGCCAAACUUGUGCCAAAGACAGUCCAUCUUAGUAACCUCAACCUUCUGCCUCAGACCGUAUCCUCUGCUGCCUGUGAUCUCCAACAGGCCUUGUCCUCCUCCAAACAGAACCAACAGCAAUCCCAGCAAGUCAAACAACAGACAAUUCUUUCUAGCCAGGCCUCAAAGAAAGUCUCUAGGGUUCAAGUGUUCACUAGCUCUCAAAGCUCUGUGGUGGACGCCUUCAAUAAAGUACUGAGUAGCAUAAAUCCUGUCCCUGUGUAUGUUCCAAACCUUUCUCCACCAACCUCAGCCUGUAUCUCUCUACCUUCACGUGGCUACAAGUGCCUGGAGUGUGGAGAUUCAUUUGCUCUUGAGAAGAGCUUGACACAGCACUACGAACGUCGCAGUGUGCGGAUUGAGGUGACCUGCAACCAUUGUGCCAAAAGUCUAGUGUUCUACAACAAAUGCAGCCUGUUGUCUCAUGCCAGGGGCCACAAGGACAAAGGGGUUGUCAUGCAGUGCUCACAUCUAAUCCUAAAACCCAUCCCUGCAGACCAGAUGAUAACCACACCAUCAUCAUCAGGUCCCAACAUCACAGACACCACCUCUAUUUCCCAAGCCCAAGCACCCACAAGUCAAAUCCCAGGGAAAGGCACAGUCAGCGGGUCCCAGACUGCAGUGAUUUCAGCUCCAUGCAGUGCUCCUCUUGUGGCAGCCAUGCCCUUGGAGGAUGACGCAUCAAAGCUCUGCAGGCACAGCCUAAAGUGCUUGGAGUGCAAUGAAAUGUUCCAGGACGACAGCUCGCUAGCCAUGCACUAUCAACAGGCACCGGAGUCCAGUGGGCAGAAAACAUGCACUAUUUGCCAAAUGCUUCUCCCAAAUCAGUGCAGUUUUCUGUCACACCAGCGAAUCCACCAGCACAAGUCUCCCUACAUCUGUCCUGAGUGUGGCGCCAGCUGUCGAUCUGUCCACUUCCAGUCACAUGUCACCAAGAACUGCUUGCAUUACACCCGUAGAGUUGGCUACCGUUGUGUACACUGUAGUGUGAUCUUCGCUGAUGUUGCAACUCUGAAGUCCCACAUCCAGAGUACUCACUGUGAGAUCUUCUAUAAGUGUCCCCUCUGCCCUAUGGCCUUCAAAUCUGCGCCUGGCACACACUCCCAUGCAUAUACACAGCAUCCAGGAGUGAAGGCAGGAGAGCCCAAGGUGAUCUAUAAGUGUUCCAUGUGUGACACCGUGUUCACUCUGCAAUCCCUGCUCUACACGCACUUUGACCAGCAUGUUGUCAAUCACAAAGUUUCAGUGUUCAAAUGCCCCGACUGCUCCAUGCACUACGCCCAGAAACAGCUCAUGUUGGACCACAUCAAAGCCAUCCAUGGAACCCUGAAGACCAUCGAGGGUCCACCAAACUUGGGCAUCAACCUUCCUCUCAGCACCAAGCCCACUAACUCUAACAGCACAAACAAUAACAGCCCCAAUAAUAACAACAUCAAGGAUGGAGGAAAUGUCAAUAGCCAAGACAAGGGAGAAAAGAGGCCUUCGCCUUCACCACUGAAGAAAACCAACAGUAACUGUUCAGCCAACCUCAAGAACCCUCCAAGCUCAGGAUAUACAUGCGGAGAUUGCAAUACUCUCUUCAGUUCCAGGGAGGUCUUUGUGGCUCACAUGAGGCGCGAACAUGGAAAGAUCUUGAAGAAGCAUCCAUGUCGACAGUGCGACAAGUCCUUCAGCUCCUCCCAUAGUCUUUGCCGACACAACCGUCUCAAACACAAGGGGUUGCGGAAGGUCUACACCUGCCCGCACUGUCCAGCUCUCAGUCAGCCAUUCACUAAAAGAGUGCUGCUGGAUCAGCACAUUCAGCUGAUGCAUGGAGUCAAAGACCCAGAGGGAAAGACUGUCAGCUCUGAUAAUAUGGAGGCUUUACCUGACAAGGAAACGACCCCCAGCCCCAAAAGGAAGCGAGAGGAGGAUGAGGGGUCUCCAGGUUUGAACUCCAGGAGCUCAGACUCACAGCCUUUGAAGAGGCUCAAGGUGAACAUCCUCAAGGUUCACAAGUGUGCCGUCUGCGGUUUCACCACUGAGGACAUCACCGCUUUCCACAAACACAUUCCUCAGCACAAGUCCGAUGGCUCAUCCUACCAGUGUCAGGAGUGCGGCCUGUGCUACACCUCCCACCGCUCGCUGGCCCGACAUCUCUUUAUUGUCCAUCGGCUGAAGGAGCCACAGGGUCUCGGCCGAUACAACGGACGGGGCAAGGAAGACGACGAGAGUCAAAGAGAGAACCAGCUGGAUGUUACAGACGAGAACAAUGAUGGGACACCAAACACAAAAUGCAAAGUGUGUGGGAAGAUGUUUGAAACAGAGGGAAACCUGAAUACUCACAUGAGGACACAUGGGAUGGCGUUCAUCAAGUCAAAGAGACUGAGUACGGCUGAGAAGUGAGAAGAACUCACUUUUUAACCAUUCCAUGUAAAGUAACGCUGUUGUUUUAAACUUAUACAGUUUGUUCAAUUGUUGCAGACAAUGUACAUUAUCUCAACUGGCUGUGGUUAAAUUGUAUAUACAUUAUGUAUAUGUAGGGAUAACAACAUAAAUACAAUAUACACUUAAAAAUAUGUAAUAUAUGUCAAAGUCACUGUCUUUAAGUAAAUGGAACAAUUGAACACAUGCUUUUUUGUACACAUAUAGAUGUUUCUAUAGGCCUUGAAUAGAUCUUUUUUAUAGAAGAGCUUUUUAUUUUAAACAGUUUCCAUUGUUGUUUUCUCGCUAGGUUUAGAUAAUGUAUGGAUAUAUUACUGUAAUGGAACUAAUCCUCAUACAGUCAGCAGUAUUCUGAAUUCUCAAUGCUGCUAAUGUCCAAUGAAUGUCUGGUAGAAAAAUAUUUAAAACGCUGGGAGAUUCAGGUUUCCCCAGUGUAUGUCACACCUAGCUGAGGUCGUCAGUUUCAACUCUCUGAACUCUACAAUUAAAACCCUGGUCCUGGUCUCCUUCUAAUACACCCUGAAACAACUGAUCCUAAAACUAAAUCGCUGCAUUAAUUUUGAGCGACAAUUACACAGGAAUAUCUGAAGAUUUCAGGACAAUCAUUGAAAGAUAAAGCCUAUUGUCAGCUGCAUCUCCAUACCACCAUGUCAAGUUAUUAUCCAUUAGAUAUCAAAGACGCAUACAACAAAAAAAAUCAUAAAAUUUAUAAAGAGUUUAAAGCUCAGUUUUAAGAAUGAAUAAGUCAAGAAUUAAAUAUCAGAAAGAGGAGUCUUUUAAAGACAAAAGUGGGCCAAAUUUAAAUUUUCUUUUAAGAAAUGUAUUUUGUAAAAGACUGUGAAAGUUUGUAUGUUGAUGUUGCAUUCCUGUCUUAAUAUACUAUAAAUGGCAGCUCUUUGAGAUUAAACCUCAUGAAAAAAUGUCUAUUUACCUGAAUAUUUAAAGUAUAAGAUGCAAAGCACUUGCCUCUCUUUUUAUAGCAGUCUUCUUUACAGCAUAGUUCAUCUGCCGUUAUAGCACAAUAAAAAUAACCUUCUAAUGAUUCCAUAUUUCAUAACUAAUAUAAACAUUAUCAGUUCCCCUUUUGUUAUUUUAUUUUUAUACUUCAUCAGUUUGUGGUUCUCUGACUUACUGCGAAAUCAUAAUGAAUGUUCAUUGACAGUAACUGAUCUAACAUCUAAACUGAAGAAAUCUACGAAUGUCAACUUGCCUACGAAACAAAAAUUUUUUUACAAGACAACCAGUUCAAGUAAAUGACCGCAUCCUUGCAAGUUGUGAAAAUACUAUCUCCAGAGGUUUUCCCAUUGCUUUCUUUGUUCCAAGCAUUUUCAAAAAUCUCCAUUACUCCGUUUUCAACAGUAGUUUUUCCACUGCGACAAUAAGACUAAUUGUCUCGCGCUGUAAAACUGCAUGUGAGAAUCAGUCUGUGAAUUGUCUGUUGAUUAGAAUGUGUCUUGCUGC